AUGAAAUCUCUGAGACUCGAUUAUAAUAUGCUUGUUGAAAGUCCUUUGGGUUAUCAAGUUGUGUGUAAUCGAGUUUACCAAGAUUGUUCCUUUGUGAUUCAAAACCUAGUCUUUCCUGUUGAUUUGAUUGAAAUGCCCUUCAAGGAUUUUGAUGUUAUUAUCGGGAUGGAAUGGCUUUAUAAAUUUCAUGUGGUGGUAUAUUGUAGGUCGAAGCAUGUGACUUUUAAAGAUCCUAUAUUUUCACACAUCAUUGUACAAGGUGAAAGAUUAGUGACAUCUAGUAUUAUUUCUGCAGCCUUCGCAAGAAAGUUGAUGCGUCAAGGUUGUGGGGCAUACCUUGCUCACAUAGUUGAUAUACAAUUGAAGGGUCCUUGUAUCAAAGACGUACCUACUGUAUGUGAUUUUACAGAAGUAUGUCCAGAAAACCUUCCGAGAUUCCCCCCGAAAAUAGAGGUUGAGUUUCCAAUCGAGCUUAUCCCUGGAUCUACCCCUAUUUCUAUCACUCCUUAUAGAAUGGCUCCAGCAGAAUUAAGAGAAUUGAAAUCUCAACUGCAAGAACUUCUUGAAAACGGUUUUAUUCGACCUAGUGUUUCUUCUUGGGGAACCCUUGUUUUAUUUAUUAUUUUGCAAAUUUUGAGGGAACAAGAGCUUUAUGCUAAACUUUCCAAGUGUGAAUUUUGGCUUGAUGAAGUAGCUUUUCUGGGACAUGUUGUAUCAACAGAAGAUGUGAAGGUGGAUCCUAGUAAGAUACAAGCGGUUGUUGAAUGGAGACCUCCUAAAAGUCCAACCAAGGUAAGAAGUUUCUUGGGCUUAGCCAGAUACUAUAGAAGAUUUGUGAAAGGCUUCUCCAUUAUCGCCUCUCACUUGACUAAGCUCUUGCAUAAGGAAGUAAAGUUUAUUUGGGAUGACAACUGUCAAGAGAGCUUUGAAACUCUCAAAUCCUUGUUUACUCAAGCUCCUAUACUUACUCUACUGAUUGAAGGGAAAGAAUAUGUAGUUUACAGUGAUGCUUCUCACAAUGGUCUAGGAUACGUUUUGAUGCAACAUGGGAAGGUUAUUUCUUAUGCCUCUUGA